GUAAAUGGAAACGAUUACGGCUUUUUCAAGCACUAGAUGUGCCGUCACUAAUGCUGUUUACAUCGUUAACAGCGAUUGGAUAAUCAUGAAAUUACCAAAAGAGUUUAAGGAGAUUACGGGAUUGCAAGUUUGGAGAGAACGGUUUUCCCGAUUAUUGCCACCACAAGAUAUUUGUACUGAACAAGAGUCUUUGAACUGGAUUCAGGAUUGUAUAAAUCAUUGCAUUGCCGAUUUUAAAAAAGCUGCGCAUUGCUUAAGAAUUGCAAAUCAACAUAUACCUUUUGAAUCAAGUGAAAGCGCAUUCAGGAAAGUUGAGAAUUCUGCAACGAGAACCUUGUUUCAAAAUGUAGAAAAUCCAGAAUGGCUCUUUGUUCCCACUGCGCAAUGUAAAAUCAUGCUACCAGUAUCUUUUCUUGUGGAAGGUGAUGCAAUAGAGGUUUUUGUUGCUCAAGUCCGGAACCAAUAUGAGCCACGCCCGUUGUACGGAACUCACUAUCAUUAUGAGCCCGAAGACCAUUCUGAAGAUUUUGAGGCGUUCAGAUCGAUUGUUUUUAUGUGGAUCAGAAAGUGGAACCCAGUCGAUGAUGAUCAAAUGCGUAAAGUUGCCAAUAAACUCAAGAAAUUCUGCAAUGAUUCGCCAUUGCCAAAACUGUUCAAUCAGACGUAUAGCAAUCAAAACGACACAGAUGGAACAUUAAAUUCUCCAGACCAAAUUGAUCGCAACUUCUCAAUACAACUGGAAAUGCUGCGAAACAAGCUGUUCGUCGAUCAUGUGAUAAGAUUUGACAUUCUCGGGCACAAUCCAUUUAAUACUGUGACUGUUUAAUUUUUCUCAUCGAAAUUUCUAAGUGGCUCCACGAUGAGCGAGAAGAAGACACUAAUUGUACACCAUCACUUUUCUAUCUUUCUUUUUUACACUUAAACACUUGAUUCUUUCUUAAAAAUUAUAUGUUUUUCUCACUUCUUAAUAUCAAAAUUUCAUGAUUGGUCGGCAAUCGACAGCUUUCUUUAAAAAAAAGAAAUUAGCAAUCUUUCAGUUUUUUUUUUUAAAGAAACCCCUUUAAAACAUUUACUCUACAUAAAUUGUUAGCAACCCCUUCCCUGACAAUUGGCGAUCCCGUCCAAAAGUUCAAGGUUCCUGUUUUCAUUUUUUUUUUAAAGAA